UCAUCUCUUAACCACUGUCCGGAGUAUUAAUCAUAGACCGCUCCACUCUCCAUGAUACAACUAAAACCCUCCAAUUUUUACUGUCUAAGCUAAUUAUAAAUAGGCUGCAAAGAUCAGGCCACUGCGCGCAGAAGGGCCUGUUUUUAUAAACUCUUAGGAUAGAAAUGAAGGCCUGGAUUUACAGUGAAUACGGGGGUGUUGAGGUUUUGAAGCUGGAGUCUAAUGUUGCUGUGCCUGAAGUUAAGGAUGAUCAGGUGUUGAUUAAGGUGGCUGCUGCUGCUCUUAAUCCUGUUGAUUUCAAGAGGAGACUUGGGCUGAUCAAGGCCACUGAUUCACCUCUUCCUAUUGUUCCAGGGCACGAUGUUGCCGGCAUCGUUGUUAAAGUUGGGAGUCAAGUGAAGGAGCUGAAGGAAGGAGAUGAAGUGUACGGAGACAUCAAUGAGAAAGCAUUGGAAAAACCCAAACAGUUGGGUUCUUUAGCUGAGUACACGGUUGCUGAGGAGAAAUUAUUGGCUGUGAAGCCCAGGAAUCUUGAUUUUGUCCAGGCUGCAGCUCUCCCUCUUGCAAUUGAGACAGCCUAUGAAGGUCUCGAAAAGGCUGGCUUGUCUGAGGGAAAAUCUAUUCUUGUCCUUGGAGGUGCUGGUGGUGUUGGAUCCCUUGUCAUUCAGCUUGCGAAACAGGUCUUUGGUGCUUCAAGAAUUGCAGCCACUUCCAGCACUCAAAAACUGGAAUUUCUAAAGAGCCUGGGCGCUGAUUUGGUGAUCGACUACACCAAGGAGAACUUCGAAGAUUUGCCUGAGAAAUUCGAUGUAGUCUAUGAUGCUGUCGGGCAAAGCGAUCGGGCGGUGAAGGCAGUGAAGGAAGGUGGUGGUGUCGUAACCAUAUUCGGUCCGGUCACACCACCCGCAAUUGGAUUUGUGGUCACUUCAAAUGGAGAGUUCUUAAAGAAACUGAAUCCGUAUCUGGAGAGUGGGAAGGUGAAGGCGGUGCUCGAUCCGAACGGACCCUUUCCUUUCGACAAGGUGAAUGAAGCUUUCUCCUACCUGGAAACGAAUCGAGCCACUGGAAAGGUGGUCAUAUUUCCAAUUCCGUAAGAGCCCGUUUGCCUAUGAAACAGAGAUUAUAUGAGGGUUGAAUAAAGAUUGCCGUGGGGAGUCAUGUCGUACAUAUAAAUAUAUAUAUAUAUAUAUAUGUCUUGUUAUUAAUAUGAUGUACUAAUAGAGCAAAGAAAAAUUGAAAUAGUAUGUGAGUGUAGCAUCCUCAA